CUUGCCACCUGGAUUCUGAAUUUGACGGUUGAAGUGCAAGAUAGAAAUCCAGAGAGAGAGAGAGCGAGAGACCCACAAAGCCCUCACAGAAACUCCAAUGGCAGAUUCAAAACCAGAGCUCAAAGACUCUGUUUCAGGACAUCACGCUGAGAAAUCACCACAUCAUACAAAAGAAACGCAUGGAACUAGUGAUGACAUUGAUGAGAACACUCCAAUUGAUGUAGUCAAAGGACCAGGCGUGUUUGAAAGGAUCAAAGAAGAAGUUGAGGCCGUCUUCGAGGCGGUAAUUCAUCCUCACAAAGAUUCCAGUAGCCAUGACUCUUCUUCUAAGUGAGAGAGGUGGAUCGCCGGAUUUUACAGGGGUUUUGGAUCCAUAAGCUAUAGGGGCCCAGGGUUUGGUCAAGGGUUUAAACUCUUUACAUUCACCAGUUGGAAUAUAAGAUAUUGAACAUUUCUUAUUCUGUACUCGUUACUGUCAUUAGUAUCUUCUAAACUUUACCUCACUAGAAUCUUGACCUCUUCACAAAUCUAGUAGAAUGUCUUUAUAAUUGUGGAGAAAAAAAUCAUUAAUUUUUGUAUGUUUCUCUUCUUCACUGACAUAUAUGUAAUCUUUUAUGUAAUUGGGAGUUAUUGAGUUAAAUCAUUUAUCACAAUGGUUAUCUUUUUUCCUACUGCAUGCUUCUUGAUGACUUUUCAUUUUUUAUUUUACUAAAUUCUUGAUCGAAUGGUAAAUAUUUUAAAUUUAACCUCCUCAUUAACAAUAAGACUAACAUAGGGAAAUUGUACUUAAUCUCCUGUCAAUCUUAUUCUUGAACCAGGAGCACACAUCGGAUAGGAUUUUAACCCUUUGUCUUCAGAAGUACUAAUUCCUAUUGGAAUUGACACAUUAAUGUCCACUUGGUUUCUGCAUUGUUUCCCUACACAGAAACUCUUAUUUUUUUCCUUUGAAUGUUGACUGACCACCACAUUAAGCCUUACAUGAUAAAACUGGUGUUCAAGAGGGAGGUCUGGAAAUGAACAUCAGAUCAUCACCUGUUUCCAUAGCUAGAAGUAAAUAAACGCCUGGCCUUUUGUUUUGUCUGUGGGAGAUUGUAUCUCCUGGUGUGCUCCAGCUGGUUCAAAUUCUUUCAAGGACA